CGCAAUAUCUUCUUCUCCCCGUGCUGCUAAACAUUCAUCGUUUCCCAUCUCCCUUUUAGGUAUUUGCUUGUGGUUGAUAUUUUCAACAUUUAAAGAGAUACGUUGAAUGGCACAAUUUAAGAGGAAUCCAUGCGGUUAAUUUUGUAGUAGGUGUUAAUGAAUUGCUAUGGUUUGAUCUCGGUGUAAGGCUCGAGCGGCGUAUAUCUGAACUAAGAAAUGAGUUGGCCGAGUGGGUUUUGGAGAAAGAGAAAGAUGAUCGUGAAAGUUGCUUCAUUUUCCAUGCUUUUAGCAACACUGGCUGGUUGAUAUAUGGUUCACUUCUUGAUAGUUUUCUGGGAAGAGAUGGAUUGAGAGAGAAAAUAAAAGGGGUGAUUAUUGAUUCAGGAGCAACUGACCCUUUUAAUCCUAAGGUCUGAGCAGCCGGUUUAACUGCUGCUAUACUGAAGAAACAGAGCUAUAUAGUAAAUGGAUUAGGAAGUGCAGUGACUGAUUCGAAAUUACAGAAAGAGGAACCUGGGAUGAUCGAAGUUGUGGUGCUAUCUACCCUUGAAAAGUUCUUUGCUACCAUUCUAAAUAUGCCCGAUGUGAAUCGGUUCGUGUUCAACAUUUAUAAAGCUGAAGUCAGGCCUGAGAAUAAACAAACAAUUUAUCAAAUUCCUCUUUUGGUCCCUAAGGUGUCACAACAAAGAAAUGGUAAAGAAUGUGGGAACUUUGUUCUCUAUUUCAUAAAGUCAUUUGUCGAAAGCGCCCCGGAGAACUUUAGCAUUGAAGGCUACCCUUACUUUAUGAAAAAGGAUUGGUUCAGUGCUGAAGAAGUGGAACGCUUUUGUGAGAGGCUCGAUUCUCCGGCAUGUGAUUUUCAUUAACUUUAAAAAUGACAUUUUUU